CCAUGGUGUUCUUUGCCUUGUGCCUCAGGCAGCCGAAGAAGGGUGGCAAGCAGGCAUCAGCCUCCUACGACUCGGAGGAGGAGGAAGAGGGCCUGCCCAUGAGCUACGACGAGAAGCGCCAGCUCAGCCUGGACAUCAACCGGCUGCCCGGGGAGAAGCUGGGCCGGGUGGUACACAUCAUCCAGUCCCGGGAGCCCUCGCUCAGGGACUCCAAUCCUGAUGAGAUAGAGAUUGACUUUGAGACUCUGAAACCCACCACUUUGCGGGAGCUAGAGAGAUACGUCAAGUCUUGUUUACAGAAGAAGCAAAGGAAGCCAUUGUCCACGAGCGGGAAGAAGCAGGCGGCCAAGUCGAAGGAGGAGUUAGCUCAGGAAAAGAAGAAGGAGUUAGAGAAGCGGCUGCAGGACGUCAGCGGGCAGCUGAACAACAACAAGAAGCCCGCCAAGAAAGAGAAAGCGGGCUCCGCGCCCUCGGGCGGCCCGUCCCGACUCAGCAGCAGCAGCUCCUCCGGCUCUGGGAGCAGCAGCUCCAGUGGGUCCAGCUCCGACAGCAGCGACUCGGAAUGAGCCCUGGACGCGGAGCAGAACCCGGACAGCGAUGUCGCCCACGCCCAGACUGCAGUGUUCCCUCCGAUGGUUAAUAUACUGCUUUCCUUCCACGCUGUGCAGGUUUCCUUGUUAACUCAGUGUUAUGGUAUCUUCCAGUUUUUGCUUUAAUAGGUCAGAGCUCUUUCUCGUGUGUCCGUGAGGCUUUAUGAGGAGGUGCGAGCCCGCAUAAAGUCUUUUCUUCGUAACUGAGUCCAGUUGCUUGGAGAUGGCAACUUCCAGCGCUGACCUGAUGACCGUAGAAAAACAGUGUCAGAUGUGAUCUGAAGUCUCUUAGGCCCGACCUGGUCUGUAGCUCCAGAAGGAGUUGUUGGAAAGGAAGUUUCUCUGAGAUGGUACUGUACUGAAGGCUGUCAGCUUUGCCAACAGGCCUUGUCUCUGUCCCUCGACCCCGAGCUCAGCCCCGAGGCCGGCCGGCUCGCCUCUUGCUGCGGGGGGCCGCGGGGGGUUGCGGUGCGGCCACGGGCUCCAGUCUGGGCUUCUGCAGGGGAGGGUGGGGAGAGCUGGGUGGGCGCGGAGGGAGGGGCGCCGGGAGCUCCCAGGAGGGAACACGGGGGCCGCGCGUACCGCGCGCAGCUUUCCAUACACUGAAACUUUUACCUCAACUUAAAAAAAAGAAAAAAAAGAAAAAAAAAAGAAAAGAUUAAAAAAACAAAAACAAAAAACAAAAGGAGACUUUUUUGUAAGGUUCAGCAGUUUUCUACGAAGUCCAGCCCAAUGUGUGUCCCCAACUUGUGAGCUGCCGCUGCCGCACGCUCUGGAGCUCUUUUCCCAGUUUCGUGUAUAUAUGAACACUUUAUUUAUUAACAUCAUUGGUCAUUUUUUUUAAAAAAAAAAAAAAAACAAAACUGCAAAGAAAUGCAUUAAAAAAAGCAGCAGACGUGCAGGCCUUUCAGAGUGGUUCGAAGGGGAGCCCCAGCCCUGCUCGGAUGGCGGACUGUGGCCUCCAGGUGCUGGCAUCCCACCACUUGUGCUGGUGCUCAAUCCCGGCCGCGCGCUCGCCCUUCCCCGCCCCGGCCCUGCCCCGCGGGGCUCGGGCCUGUCCUCCGUGUGCGUGUGUGGGUUUGGAGACGUACAGGCGUAGACAGCUACCAGCUGCAGCACAUUCUCAGUCUUCGUUCUGUGUGUUGAGUUCUUUUGUACUCACUUCUGGUCUCUUUAGGACUGUUUUAAAAGAAAUCAAUUUAGGGAACCCCAGUUAUAUAAUAUAAACUUUGUAAUCUGAGAGAAAAAAAAUGUAUAGUAAAUCUAAGUCUUGAUUUUUAACUUUCUAUUGUAAAAAAAAAUAAUAAUAAUAAUAUACAGAGUUUAACAGAAGGUUAUGUUUUGGUUUUGUUUUUCCCAGAGGCUGCCCCGCGGCCUUUGAGUGCAGGGACGCCCCACACGGCCCGCCUGAGCUCGGAGCAUUGUGGCUUCGGCCUCGAGUGCCAGGGGCCGGCCGUCCAGGCCCCCCCAUGGGGCGCCCCUCACCUCCCAGCCCCGAGGGCAGGGGCCGUGGGGCUGUGGGGCGGGAGGAGCCUCUGGCCGCAGGAGGGUUUGCUCCUCAAAGACCACACCGGGCUCCCUGCUCGAGCAUUUUCCCGCUAGCACAGAAAUGACUGAGAUAGGGCAUUCUCCCAGACCUCCCUAGGAGGUGGGUGCUGGGGGCGGAGCUGCGGGUGCCCUGCCUCGGGUCUGGUGGCGAGUUUCCAGGCGGACGGGGGGACUGGUCAUCAGUAUCCGAGUAGGGGGGCAGUCUUUACAAAUCCUAAGAUGGAUUCAGGUUCCACCGGCCCUUACGGUCACGGAUGCCCUUGCCGGACGCGGCACCGAUGAGGCGGUGGGUGGUGGGUUACCAUGUUUCUUACUGCUGGUGAUUCUGACGCUUGGUGAGUUUUGAGCCAGUUUGUUAAACUUUUCAUUAAGUUUUGUUUAUAAUAAAAAUAUAUGUGGAUUUUUCAACUUGCCAUUUUUUAGAGUUACCCUUGUGUUUCAGAGGUGUUUUCUAAGCAGAUCUGUAACGGAAUAUUUAAACUAGGACUUUAAUACAUGACACGAUGGAUGGUCUUAAAGCAGGAUCUCUCUGGCAACGUGCAGCAAGCGCGCCUCCCCAAGCAGAGGGUGCUGGGGGGCGCGUGGGGGGCUCCCAUGGAGCACCUGUCCAGCUGCGGGCAUGGUGGGGGGCGGUCGCCUGUGUGAGCCAUCAGGUGGGGGAGCGUGUGGCCCUCGAGCCCGGCACAGUGCAGGCAUUUCAGAACACUUCACUGUCCGCUGGCUCUGCGGGAGACAUGGGUCCUGGAUCACCUCUGCCCCUUUCCCCUGCCCCCAGGAGGAGGCCGCCAUGGCGCAGAGGGCUGCCGUCCAUCCUGAGCAGUGUAGUUCAGUGGUGCUGUGGUUUCUUAAGGCUUCCUGUGCAGACUUCAAAGCCGAGUUCUCUUCUGAGUUUGGCGGAACGUCCUCAGCCCCCUCGAGGUCAGCCUGUGGGUGUUUGCCAUCUCCACGUCUCUCUGUGUCGGGGAGACCGCAGCUGGACAGGCAGGGCUGUCGUGUCACGGAGAACCUGAGGGCAGAUUUCACGGCCUCUUCUCGAGGGGGAAGGAACCAUGUGGUUAGGAGGUUGGCCUCACGGGAGCCCCGGAGGCCCAGGGGGCAGAGACCCGUGCUCAUGCUGGGCGGCGUCACCUUGCUUACAAACUGUAAGAUAUGUUUUCUUUUCGUUUCUCUUUUUGUUCUUAUGCAACAUCCACGUCUGUGACAGCCCUCUGGGGAAAACACCACCCAGAGAAAGGAUGCGUUCCCCCCCAGUGUAGCCCGUUUCUCAAUACUGGCAUCACGCUUCCAGAAGUUUUUCUUUUUUAUAUUUAAAUUGUUACUUUUCUGUAUGAUGUGCAUGCAAGUUUACCGUAACUUUUCUUAAACUUUUUAGUGCCGUUUCUAGUAUAUUCCUGUAAAUGUCAGUUACUGAAAAUGAGUCCAAUGUAAGUAGUUUUAGCUUGUUUAUUGCAAUGCUGGCCUCCACACAACAGAAUAAAAAUGGUAGAAAGUACUCUUUGAUGUUUCUGGUAAUCAUGGACCCUUCUCCUGGGGCAUUUGUUUUGUUUUCAUAAUAAAACCAAAAAAAAAAAAGGUG